AUGCUUAUCAACUUUUUUGAAUUGAUGCUUUUCAUCUUAUUAUUUUAGUAAGGAAAAUACAUAUUUUAUAGAUGUGCACAAAAUUAUUGCAAAUUUUCAACCUUUCACCCUCUCUUAGGUAAAAGCAAUAGUUAGUUUUCUAUCGAUUAAGCCUUAACUUAAGAUAUCAUUUAAGGAAAGACAAAUACUGGGUCUGGGGUUUGGAUGAAUUAUUAACCAUUGACAAAGAUGGGAGUGCUAUGUAAAGACUGAUUUUAUCAUAUUCUAGCGAAUAGAGUCUACUAAGAUUUCAGUAAACUAAAGGAUCAAAGUAUUAUAGAAGGAGGUCAAUUUAUUUAUUCAAUUGAGUAAAGCAAUGAUAAAUUUACAUGGUUGGUGGUUUCAGCUGAUAUAGAUUCAAAUAAAUAAGUAAUUAGUCACAAAGUAUUUUAUUCUUUUAAGACUUUAAUCAACACUUUAUCUUUCGAAUUUGAUAUUUUUUAAUAUGAAGGUUAAUGGAUAUUGUUUUAUUGUUAUUUUGACAAUAUUAAAAAAUAAACUCUCAUAGGAUUUUACAAUUCUAAAGAAGCUUUAUCUAUAUAGGUUAUAGAUGAUUUACCAAAAUAUGUAUAAAAAUUAAAACAUAAAGUGGGAAAUGUUUACUCCUAUAAGAAUUAGGAUGGUAAUUUGAUAUUAUUAAGCCAAUUCAAGGGAUCUCUCACUAGCAUGUUUUCAGCUAAGUCGUUAAAUGUUUUCUUAGAUAUAAACUCUUGCGCAUCAAGUUUGUACGGUUAUAUAACUUGUUAUGAGAGAACUUAUGCAAUAGGUGAAAAUAAUCAAGAAAUGGAUGGAAGUUAAUAUAUUAAAAUUUCAACUCAAGAAAUUUAAACGUCUUAAUAUAUUUUUAAAGGUUGGAUUAUGUUAGCACAAACAACAUAAGCUUUUUUGGAGACUACUAUUUUUCGAGUAACUGUGAAUUCAGAUUAUGGCGAUGAUGUUAAGAUAGGAGAUAGAGAUCUACUAUUAAAAUAUUACUAGAGUAAUGUACCUAAUGAGAAUGGAUUUGAAAUAUCAACUUAUUCGUAUGAGUUUCCCAUAAAAAAGAGAUACCAGACAAAUGAAGAUGAUUAAAUCAGAUAAUUUGGAGACGAAUAUUCAGUUUUGUUAGUCCAAUGGCAUUAUUUUAUCUAUGAAAUAGGAACAGCAAAUAAUAACGAAUAGCCAGUGUUUUCGAUAUUUUUUCCUUCGAUUGAUUAGGUUCGCUCCUUUACUUGGAGUAAAACAAUACGUCAUUUUUCUGGAACUUAAUUUUAUAUUUUUUUAGGUGGUGAUGAUUAUACUACAAAGUACUUAAGAGGAUAUAUUAGUGAUGUUUCAUUUGAACUCAUAUGUGAACCAAAAGGAGAUGUCAUUCAACCUACAUGUCAUUAUUCCUGUUUAACAUGCGAUGGGCCAACAAAAUAUAACUGUAUAACCUGUCCCGAGUUAAGUUUUAGACAACUUUCAAAAAAAGAUAAAACUUGUGCGUGUUAAUAAAGAUAUGUAGAUAAAUAAGAUGUUUAAGAAUGCUAAUCUGUUACUCAAGCAUUCCCUCAGAUAUGGAGAUUGGAAGUAGAACUAAGUUGUUAGCAAAUAGGCUACAGCAGUUGCAAUUAGGAUAGUAUCGAAUGUAACUUUGGCUAUUUCUAAUAUUAAAAUACUUGUGUAUAAUGGUAUUUAUAGAAUUAUUAUAAAAGCCCUUUUUACUAUGAGGUCAGUUAAGGUACAUAAAUGACUUGUUUAGAUUGUUUGGUAGCACCGAAUUAAUUUCGAACAACAUUAACUUGUAAAAUGAUGGCACAGACUUACGAAUCAAAUUAAGACUAUUUAUUUUAAGAAUAAUAAAGAGACCAAAAUGAUUAUCUAUUUUAUAUCAUGGUAACUAAUGUAGAUGGAAAUCAUGAACUUAAAUUGUGUGUAGGCUGCAUUAAUAAGGAAACAUGCAGGGAUGGUUAUUAUCUCAAAGAUUUAGAAUGUAAGCCUUGUAUACAUGGAUGCAUGAAAUGUGAGAAUUCAUUUGUAUGUGAAAGUUGCUUUUUAAAUUAUCACUUAAGUAAAGAAAAAUUCUGUUUAGAAUGCAUCAAUUGUUUAAUUUGCACAACCUACAAUGACGCAUCAUAUAUAUGUAGUAGUUGUUUAGAUGAUUUAAUUUUGAUAAAUAAUCAAUGUAGCAGUUGUGGGGAUUUUUGUCAGGAUUGUGAUCAUUAUAAAUUCUGUAAUUAUUGCUAAGGAUCACCCUCUUAAUAUUAUUUAUCCAUGGAUGGGCAGAAUUGCAGUUAAUGUAAUAUUGAAAAUUGCUUAUACUGCUUUGAUUACAUCCUCAAUGGUGGUCUAUUACAAACAACCUUAGAUAUCAAUUUUAAAGUGAUAGAUUAGAAUUUAAAUGAAUUGAAGGUAGGUUGCGCUUUAUGUAAAGAGAAUUACCAUUAUAAUUAAAACAAUCAAAAAUGUGAAUUAAAAGAAUUAGAUGAUGAUUGUUAAAAUGCUAUUAUCUAAAAUGAGGAUUUAAAGAAAACUUGUCUUAUCAGUAAAACAAAUCAAGAUGCUAUUUAGAUAUCAAAUUGCUCAAUGAUCCCAAACUGCUUGUCUUGCAUCUAUAAUUACUUUGAAGGUGAAUCAUUUUGCAUAGUAUGUGAAGAUGGAUAUUAUUCAGCAGUCCUUACUGGUUAAUGCAUUGAAUGUGGUCAAAAAUGCAAGACUUGCAUUUAAUAGAAUAGCAAGUAUCGAGAUUAUUGGAAAUGGAGCAUUAAGGCUUUUUAUAAAUUUGUUAUUAAUCAUAAUAAUGAUCACCCGUUUGAAAAUUAUGCAUCAACAAAUUCUGAACCAGAUUUGAAUUUAGUAUGCAAAUCAUGUCACUAUGGGUACAUUUUACAUGAAUAAUAAUGUAUAAAGGAUUGUGAUUCAACUUGCAAUAAAUGUGAAAUUAUUAAUGGAAAAACUACGUGUAUUUAAUGCAUGGAAUCUAUUUCUGGUUUUAUGAAAAGUUAAGAUGAAAAUGGGAUUUGUUUGCAAUGUCCCGCUAAUUGUAAAGCAUGCAUGGAUAGAAGUUAAUCGGAUAUAUAUCAACUUAACCCAUACUUUCUUUUAAAUGAUCAGAAUAAAUAUUAAACUAGAAUCUGCUAUGAAAAAUCAAAAGCUAGCAUUCCGCAAGAAUAAUAUUACUAAGAUUCAUUGACAUAAACAGUAGUAGUUUGUAACAAAUAUGAACAAUGUUAUAACGAAAUUAUAAUUCGAUAAAAUAUUCAUUGUGAUCCAUUCUAUUAUUAUGAUUAAUAGAAUGAAUCAGGUGAUGAAUAUUUUGAAAGCAUGAAUGUUCUUAUUUUCAAAUUUUUUAAUUUUGAAUAUUUAACAAGAUUAGAGACAUCAUAACUUUUUGAUUAUCUAAACGAUAUUUCAGUGAGACACAUUUUAUUUGAAUAUACCAUACUUUAAGUUGUUGAUGAGCCAUGCGAAUUUGAAAAUAAUAUAGAGAUUUUAUCCACAUUAGCUUAAUAUGUUUUUUCAGUACAAUAAAUUGACAUUAAAUUUAGGGGAAAAUAAUUAUUAUCUACUAAUCCAAUAAAUCUGUUGGUACCCUCUUAACUAAAUAUUAAUAACUACACAACAAUAACUUUUGAGAAUAUCAAUUUUUAAUUUGUUAACAAAGAAGCUUCAAUAACAAGUAAUUAUAAAAUUUCUAUAAACAAUUUAAAAAAAAAGAUGUCUUUGAAUCUUAUAGACUGCAAAUUUGAGAGUAUAGGUGCUACAAAAUCUGGAUAGAUUUUCAAAUUUGAGUCAAAUAUUCCUUAUUCCAUUUACAUCACAAACCUAGUGAUUAGCAAUAUAAAUCUGUAGUAGUCUGAUGUUUUUACUUUAAUUUCCUCAAACUAUCUUUCUUAAAAUCAGAUUCAAAUAUCCAAUAUCACAAUUAUAAAUUCCAUAUUAACUAAUUUGUCAUUGAUUAGAUUCUAUGCAAAUUCAAAUCACCUUUUAUACAAAUCCAUCUUGAGAAAUAUUAGUAUUAUUGAAACUAUUUUCAUUUUCUCUUCAUUUUUUAUGUGUAGCGGUGUAUUGGACUAUACUAUAGGCAGUUUAGAAAUUCAUUAAAUGUCUUUGCAAAAUGUUGAGAUUUUGAACAAUUCAAACAUUUUUCUAAUUCCAAUUAUGGAAUCCGUUAUUAUUUCUAAGUUAAUCUUAAUAAAUUCUCAACUUAAAGGUAACUCAUAAUUAUAUUCGAGCAAUGUGAUCAAUAUAUAGGAUUGUCUUAUAAAUCAAACAGCAAUAGAAUCAAGUAACUUGAUACAAAAUAACAUUGAUUAUACUAAAUCUUAUGUCGCUUUGAAUUAAUCCUCGAAAAUCGUAAUUCAGAACUUAAAAGUUUUGAACACUAAUUAUAAUAAUAAAUAGUAAAUAAUAACUAUUGUGAAGUACGAUGAAAUAGAUAAAUUAAUGGUUAAUUUAACCAAUUUCAUAAUGGAUAAUUGUAUCUCUAACACAAAAUUGUAAAAUACAUAAGUUUCCUUUGAUUAAGUAAUGAUAUAUAUAGAAUGUCAACUUUGUUAUUUAUAAGAUAUAUAAAUACAUAGAGGAUAUGGAUUCCCUGAAAUGACCAUCCUUAAUUCAGAAACUCUAGAAAUAACACAUUUUUAAUUCUCUUAGGAUCCAAGAUAUUUUUCGAAAGUUUUACAUUCAUCCAUAGAUUGCGUAUCACAAUUCGCUAUUAUGGAACUGUAUUUUUUUCUUUACGUGGGAUAAUAUCAAACCAUUUUUAUAGAUAAUUUGAAUGUUUCAAACAGUUUAAGUUUCAAUACUCCUUUGAUUAUUUUAAAAGGGUAUGAUUUAAUGUAGAAAAUAGUGGAAGAAGCAAUUUAUGUGCAGAAGUCUUAAUUCAGUUCAAAUAUAUUAAUAAUCUCAACCCCUAAUAAAAAUACAGCCUUAAUUUCCCUAGAAUCAAAAUAAAAAGGGCAAAUAGCCUUUAUCAAUACAAGUUUUUUAUUUAACCAUCUAAAUUAAUAUUACCAAGCCUUAUCUUAGAUUUCUUCCACUACAUUAUUACUAUUUCUGAAAUUUGGAAAUGUUAUCUUACAAGGUUGUUUAUUUGAAUAAAAUGUGGUAACAAAUUCAACCGAUUCAAUUCUAUACAUAGAUUCAGAAAAGCUAUAUAUUUAAGAUUCUAGUUUUAAAAAUAACAAUAUUAUAAAUUACAUAUUACUGAGUAGAUAUACUAUAUUAUCAGGCACUUAAGACAAAUCUGCUAUUAAUUUUUAAUUGAUAUUUCCAAUUAAAUCAAGCAGUGGGAAUGGUAUGAUAAUAUCAACUUCAAUAGAGAUUCAAAAUAUAAAGGUAGACUCCUCUUUUUCUAUUUAUGGAGGAGGCUUUUAUAUAAUUACAUCUGGAAUGAGUAUAAUAAAUAUUACAAAUUCAGAAUUUUCAAAUACUAAAACUACACUAUCAUCUUUAUACUUUUCAAAAGGCGGCUGCUUUUAUAUUGAUGCUGGUUAAUCUGCAUUAAUUCUAAAGAUUAAGAAUGUGAAAUUUGAUACAUCGUUCAGCAGAUAUGAUGGUGGUGCAAUUUAUAUAAAUCCAUCUGAAAUAUCUAAUCUAAUUGAGUUUGAUUAUUUAAUUGUUAAGGAUUGCUUUUCAGUUUCGAAUUAAUUUUUUUCAUAUGUUCUUUCCAAAAAAGAUACUGUUUCAUCAUAGAUAGUUUUUAAAAAUAUUGAAUUCUAUUCAACAAAAGAAGGACUAGAAAAUUAUUAUUCAUAUUUAGAUGGUAUUACUGAUGAUGAUGUUCUCAACAUAAUUCAAUCAAAUCCUUUGGUUUUUGUAUAAUUUGGAAACUUUAGUUUAUAUAAUUGUAAGUUCUAAUCCAUUUAUAUGUAAUUGUUACUUAAAAUUGUAUAAGCUUCGAACAUUUUGUUAUCAAAUAUAAAGAUUAUGAAUUGUACGGUAGGAUUAUCACCACUAUUCUAAUUAAAUUUAAGAUAAUGUAAUAAUAUAAUUAACAUUUAUAGAGUAUGCUGGAUAAUUAUAAAUAUUUAAUCUUUAAAUAACUUAAGUGGAGCAAUUCUUAAUGACUGAAAAAAGAGAAUGCUAAAAAAUGAAUUCUAUAUUUUUCCUUUAAUUGGAUUGUCCUCUCAAGAUGACUCAAUUAAAUUCUUAAAUAUCAGAACUUAUUAAUGAUUAAUACAACUUAAAUCAAUUAAUUUGUAAUUAAGCCAAGAUUUUCAAAGAUAAUUCUUUUACAUUUAGCUUAAUUGAAAUAGAACAGAUUAACGUUUUACAUAAAUUAACUAUUGAGAAAAUGGAGAUUAAAAGUGUAGAAUGCACUAAAUGUUAAUUUGGUUUGGUUAGAAUUAUUGAAAUUGAACAAUAAGAUUAAGCAAACAUUAAGCUUUCAUAAAUUUUGAUAAAAAAUAGCCUUUGCGGAAGGACUGGUUGUCUUUCAAUUGCUAAAAAUUAAAAUGAUUUACUGAUUUAAGACCAUACAUUAAAUAAUAGAAUUCUGUAAUAACACAAUUACGAAAAACUUUUAAAUAACAUGAAAUAUUAGUUAAUUAUUAAAUAAAGCUAAUUUCUAAAUAAUUCUGCAUCAUAUGGAGGUCCGCUGUUAAUAGUUAGAAUUAAUGCUAUAAUAAAAGAUUGCAUUUUUUAAAAUAAUCUUGCAGAUAUUGGAGGUGCAAUUUAUUAUUCAUCAGAAAAAGAGGAAUUAUAUAUUUUGGAGACAAAAAUAAUUGAAAAUAAAGCGUAAAUUGCAGGAGGUAUUUAUCUAAGUUCUUAAUCACUUCAAUUAACUAACUAAUUAGAUUUAUAAUUGGAUUCUAACAAUUCUACAUUAUAUGGAUCUAAUGCUUUGGAGAAACCAAGAUCAUUAACAUUAGCAAUUAUUAAAGGAAUAUUACUUGAUAAGAAAGAAAUUAGUAAUACUGAUAAAGAGAUUAUUGAACAAAUAAUUAUUAAUCCAUAUAAGAUUUUAGGUUCUUCAUAAAAAACGUUCUAAUUAUUAUUACCUUCUGGAAUAGCAAUAACCAGUUACAGGUAUUUUGAUCCCAUAAAAUCGGAGUUUAUACCUUAUAAUCUUACAUUCAGGAUUAUUGCUUUGGAUAAAUUUAAGGAGUAAAUUAUGGGUUUGCCAGGUUCUUAUUGUACUUUAUAACCAAAAGCAUUUAAUUUAAAUUCAUAAAGAGAAUAAUAUGAUGUCCAAUAUAGUCUAUCCUAAUACGAUGUCUAAUAUAAUGAGACUACUGGGGAUUAUAAUUUAGAUAAUCUAAUCAUUUACUUCAAUCCUAAUUAUGGUCAAGAUAUCGUUCUUCGAUUAUCGAUUUAAUGCAAUAGUGUUUUAGUUCCCUAAUAUAAAGAAAGCCCGCCUUUUUAAAUUUAUAAUUAUGUCAAAAAUUAUAAAUUAUUAGUUGAUAUUCGAACAUUUCCUUGUUAAUUAGGUGAAUUCUUAAAUUAAACAUCUGGUGGAUGUGUUCUAUGCGAUAGCUUUUAGAAUUAAUACUAAGUAUCUUGGGCAGCAUAAAAUUGCAGUUAUAAGGAUGACUAAAAAAUUAAAUCAUUGGAGUCAAGUAUGAUAGAACUAAGAGAUCAUUAUUGGAGAGCAUACUAUUAUAGUCAAACUAUAGAACAUUGUUAUCAUUUGGUGGAGAAUUGUAAAGGCGGUUGGAGACCUGGAGAUGAAUCAUGUAUGUUAGGACACAUUGGAGCCUUAUGCGAAUAAUGUGAUUUAUACGAUUCUAGAGGAGGUGGAUCUUAUUCUGUAAGUUCAGCCUAUUCAUGUGGAAGUUGUGAUUUAAUAGCUUACAAUGUAAUAACAAUCAUUUUUGUGAGCCUUUGGACUUUAAUUUCAACAUUGAUGUCAGUGAGUAGCACCAUCGAAAUGAUUGAAGAAUUUAUAAAAGGCAUAAGUUUGAAGGCUUUUGGAGUUAGAGUAGCAAUAAAGGAAGCUUAAACAGCUAUUUUGAUCAAGGUGUUCACAAAUUAUCUUCAAAUUAUUUCAACCAUUUCUACAUUUUAAUUGCAAGUUCCAAUAGGGAUAGCAUCAGUUGUCAAUACUGUUGGUAACCCUAUUGAAUCGCUGGCUUAUUCACUCGAUUGCUUUUUAGUUACGAUCACAGAUAUUUUGAUAAUAUACUUUAGAAUAAUUUGGAGCUUAACUAUGACUUCUUCAUAUAUAACAGUUAUUUUUAGUUUAUUUGGAAUUGCAAUAAUUACUAAGCAAAUUAAAUUCAACUUUUCAUUUAUUUCUACAUCCUUAAUAUAUUUAUUCAUAUUUUUACAGCCAAAUUUAGUAGCAGGAAUAAUUUCACUAUUAUCUUACAGAAAGAUAUCAGAUGAAUAUUGGAUUUAAGGCAAUGUAGCCUAUAGAUAUGAUACAAUUUAACAUGCUAAAUGGUUGAUUACUUUUUGCUUACCAUUAUUAUUCACUUUCGGUUGCAUUCUUCCUUGCAUUUUGUGGUAUGGAGUCUAUAAGAAUAAAGACCAUCUAGAUUUUUCAUCAGUAAGAAAGAUAUGGGGAUAUUUAUAUAAUGAAUAUAGGAUCCAUGCAUAUUUCUGGGAAACCAUAAAGAUAAUGCAAAAGGAAAUUAUUAUUAUUGUUUUGGCUUAUUAUGAUGAUCAUGUCCCUAUAAAGGCAUCGUUAGUAUUUCUAGUUUUGUUUGGCUAUACUUUUAUAGCAAUUAAACAAAAACCUUACAUGACUGGAUAAUUAAAUCUAAUUGACACAUAAUCAACAGUAAUUUGCGCGGUUUCAAUUAUUUUAGCUAGUUCAAUUUAUACAGCACAGUAAUAAUAGUUAUUUGAAAUUGUAUGGCCUUUUUAUCUUAUAAUUGGCUUUCUUAAUGGUUUCUAUAUUCUCCGAAUGCUAUUAUAGAUUCUCUUUGCCUAUUUUAAUAAGCUUUAUGACAAAAUAGAUAUUUUAAAAGAAGUAAUUUAAAAUUACUUCCCCAAUUUUGUGAAGUAUCAUCCAUUCUUGAAAAAUUUCUUCGAGACCCACAAAAACAAACAAACAAGAAUUAAUCAAAAGUUUACAAAAUUGAGAGAUUAUCUAAUACCAUAAGCUCGUUUGAUUUUAGAAUUUAAAAAGUAAAAUUAAUUAUCAAUUUAGAUCAAAGCGAUUAGAGUUAUCUUCCAAAAACACAGUUUAAAAAAUUAUUGAUAAAGACAAACAGGAAACUGAACAAUAAUUUUCUGCAGAUAUCUUCAGUGUCAAUAAUCUUAUACAGUUAAAUCCUUUAUAACAGAGUCAAAUAAAAAAAAAUGAAUACUCAUUUCCCAACACUAAAUUAGAAUAAAACUCAUUUGCACUUCAAUCUUAAAGAGAAUAUGUAAAAUAAAACGAAAACCCAGAAAAGGCAUAGUUAAAUUUUGCACAAAAGAAUACAUGA